UUUUUGCCGCGAAAAGAAAAACAUUUGUUGUAUAAUGCGUCUGCCGGCCGGCUGCAUUUGAGAGCAUUUGAGUUUUAGUUGAAUAUAUGAUAAAUGUGCUCAUAAGAGGUUAUAUAUAAUUAUUUUUUCAUUAUAAAUUUAAACAUAAUCAAACUUAAGUGGUUAUUUACUAAAAAAUUGAUUUGAAUAGUUAUAAAAAAUAAAAUAAAUAAAAAUGAGUGUGGAAAAUGUUGGUUGUAAAGAACUACUAUUUAAACGUAUAUUAUUGGCAAUAACUGCAAGUAUUAUUGUCCAAUUAAUAUUUAUGAGCAGUGUUAUUUUAAUUAAAAAUAUAGACAUGACAUCUCCAUUGUCAUGGUUUCAAGACACAUGGAAAAUAAUAACAUGUUUAAAGAUGUGGUUAUACAUGGUUAUUUUUUCAACAAUUAUUAUUCUUCAAGGAAUCAUCUUGAGUAAAAAUUAUUUAAAUUACUCAUAUUCACCAUACGCUCAAAGCAGAUUUAUAAUCUUCUGUCGUUUAUUUACGCCACAUAAUUUAAUUAUUAUUUUUAUGUAUCUUAUCAGUGGAAUUGUACUCGUAUGGUUACAUUUGGCAUUAGAAGAUGGAAAGUACAGUUCAUUAACUAAAAAAUGCAGCACAAAUAUUUCAACAACAAUAACUUCAACUUGUCUUGUUGAAGAGCAUUUAUUUUUGCUCCUCGGUAGUCUAUGGACAGGAAUUUAUUAUUUUACAAAAACAAAUAUAUUUGUUUUUCAUAGAUUACAAUUUCCUCUUAUACCACUAUCGAAAUUUACUCAAGUACGCAGAGGUAUCAGUAAUCUAGUGCCAAUUACAGUAAUCAAUGCUAUUUGGCCAACAUUGUAUUUCAUAGGACUGUAUUAUUUUAUCGGUUCAUAUUUAAAAAAGUUUAUUGCGUCUUUGUUAUUUAUUCAUACAGAAGAACAACAGCCAUUGGACUCAAUAUGGAGAUUACUUAAUUUAUCAUUGAUAUUGCAUUCAUGGUUAUAUACAUCAUUAUUUGGAUUAACAAUAAACAGUAUGCAUUUACUAUUUAAAGCUUAUUUAACAGAAUGGAUGCAGUUUGAAAUUGGACAGCAGCUAAAUGUUUACAACAAUGUUAAUCAACAGCUUAAAGUAACAAUAACUCUUCCUGAUGCAUUGACAAUGAGCAAAGUCCCCAUUAUUCAGCAUUUAGGAUUUUUGGAUCUGGUAACACUGGCACAGAAAGAGAAACAACGUAGAGCAAUACUAUUUAGCUUGAGCCAACCUGGAGGACAUCCCUACAACUGGAAUUGCAUUGUCGAAAAGUGUUUAUCAUUUAUAAAUAACUUUGCUGUUGAAAUAAAUAGCACUGUACAUCCUGCUGGUCAACAAAAUGACAAAGUAUCAGCAUCUCCCUCUGCUGCUUCACCUACAUCACUUACAUCGCCUACAUCACCAGUCACGUGUUUUGAAAAACUAGGAGCACAACCCUAUCAUAUGCGUAAUUUGAUAAAUAAAAAUCUAUCUCCAACACCAGCAGCAGUAGGAAAAGACAUUACGCCAACUGAAAAUUGCAAUAAUUAUAUUGGACAAUUUAUUGGAGAAUUUAUAAAAAGUACACGGCAAAAUUUAAUAUCUUACUUACUGUCAAAGCCUAUUAUUUUUUAUUUUUUUGGUAAACUAAAUAACAACAACAUUCAAUACUUGAUGUUUAAUGGUCAGCCAAUUAUUUGGGCUGUUGAUGGAAUUUCUUCACUUGCUGUGGCAUCUCUCCACGAGGAUCCGUAUGGUAUUGUACAAAAAGAUUUACCAGCUAUAAUUGAAACGCUACUCGUUCUCAAACAAUCGUUAGAUAAACUUCAUAAAAUGAAUAUGAUAAUAACAACAAAAAAACAGCCACAUUAUGAUGACAAAGACGUUAGACAAAUGCUCACAUCUCUGAGAAGUGCCAACAGACGGAGUAUUUAUAGAAUUGUAACAAAAUUCAAGGAUUACAUUGAUGAUUUAACUCUGGAUCAAUCAGUCAGGGAUCAGUUGAAUGGAUUUUUUGUUUGUAAAGAAUAAGUUACAAGUUGUUACUGUUAUUAUUAUUAUUAUCAUCAUCAUCAUUAAAAUUUGAAAUAAAUAUGUGCGUGUGUGUGUGAGCGUAUGUACGAGUAGAGAUUCAAACAAUAAAAACUCAUUAUUUCUAUAUUUAAAAUAUUUUUCAU